GGGGCGCUCACGGCGACGCUGCCCACUGCUCUGCGGCUGUUUGAGAGUUUUGGUGAGGCUGCUGUCAGCCCCGUCCUUCGUGUCAUAACAGAGCAGGAACGAGUGAACGGGAUCAGAAAGGGGGCUUGAUUUUACAGCAGGAGAAGAAAGUUUGCUGACGAUUUAGAAGAGAGGCUGCGCAGGCUUGAAAAGUGUAUGUUGUCUUUUGCUGAUGUUGCUGAAAAGUCGUCAGUCUUCUUUGACUGACCGCAUCAAACCAACCAGAGAAAUGGAGAGUGGAGCUCUGGCAAUGGAAGUCAGUGCUGGUCUAGAUUCCACAUCAAGGCGUCAGGCCUGGGCCAAAACCAGAGAAUCCGUCUGGCAAGAUUCAAACUCAGAACACCUCUUUGGUCCCCAGGAGCCCCAGCCGAGCCAGAGUAAUGGGAACACACAGGGACCCACAGCACAGGGACAAGUUCCUAACAACAAGAUCGCCAGCUGGCUGAAUGACUGCAGAACUCCCCUUGGAGCCUCUCUAGAUGACCAGAGUGCUUCUCCAAGCAGAGGGCCUCUGAAGAACGGCUGCAGCUUUGAAGAUGACCUUUCACUGGGGGCUGAAGCCAACUAUCCUCAAACCAAAGCCUGUUUUGAUCUUGCGGCGGAUCAGAAAAGGAGCCAAUAUAAAGAGAAAGGAAAGAGUCUGAACUCCACAGGAUCUGGGAAAAGCAGCACCGUGUCCAGUGUGUCAGAACUGCUGGACCUAUACGAGGAGGAUCCUGAGGAAAUCCUGUUAAACCUUGGCUUUGGUCGAGAAGAACCCGACCUGUCCUCAAAGAUUCCCUCCAGGUUCUUCAACAGCAGCUCCUCGGCGCGAGGCAUCGACAUCAAGGUCUACCUGGCAGCUCAGCUGCAGCGGAUGGAGGUGGAGAACCCCAACUACGCCCUGACAAGUCGUUUCCGUCAGAUCGAGGUCUUGACAACAGUAGCGAACGAGUUCUUCCAGCUCUACAGUCAAGUUUCUGGGCAGCCGGUCCAGCGGAUCAGCACUACGGAUCAAGUAGAGGGAGGAGCAAAAGGAGGACGAAAGGGAGGAGGAGACGAGCAGUCUUCUCCUCUGAAGAAGAGGGACCCAGUAAUAAACGCUGCCAAAAUCCUCACGAGAAGCAUUAGCAGACGCAACUUGUUCUCGUCCAACUCAGAGUCGACGGAAGCCCAAACGCCUAACCAGCAAAUGCUAACCAAUGGACAUGAAGCUCCUGCUGACGCACCAGCGUCAGCAGAACAGGACGGAUCCAGUACCAACUCUCACCACCAGGCAGAGGUGGUUAGCCCAAAACACAUGCGCAAGAAAGACAACUGUCCCCUCGCGACAGUUACAGAGGAAACCAGUGGGGAUGGAGAGACAGGUUCCCUAACAGACAACAGACCUGAACAGCACACCACCGACCCAGACCUUCAGUCAACCAACCAGGGAACAGGGGAAGGCACUCAGGUGGUUAAAGAGGUGGAGAAAAGAAACUCCACCCCAGAGAAAGCUCCUCACACCCUGGCUCCGCCACGGCCGGCACAUCUUCGCACAGAAAACGCAGACUCUUUUGAAAUAGAGGAGAUUAACGAAGACGAGGCUAACCCACACAGGACGUCUAGAUCGGGAGUAGACCUCUCGAGGAGAGACAGCCUACAGUCUGACAGCAGCGGCUAUGCUGAGGAGCCUUCUGCUGAUCUCAACAGCCACCUUAAGGUGCAGGUGAGUAGUGACAGCUGUGACAGCGAGACCACUGUGACGUCGCACCCUUCACAAGACGUGGCUACUCCCCUUGCAAUGGACAAGCCGGCAUUUGACCUGCCAGAUGGUAGAGAGGAAGAGGCGAGGCCAGGUGAAGCUGCAGAGUCGGAUCGAAGUAACGGCUCCAGGGAAGAGCACAUGGAUACAGAGACUUCAGAGCAGAUUCCACAGUACACAGCUCACCAUCUGCCCAGGAGCAGGCCAGUAGAAGUACAGCAAGAUGAAACUUUGGGUAAGGAGAAUGUUGAGAGAUGUGACCGGACUGAUCCUGAUCCUGAUCCAGAGCCUGAGUCUGCUCAGAGUAUGCCUGCUGCAGAACAACAAGCACAGCCAGAGUCAAAGGAACCCCAACAUGAUUCAGAGCAAGGACCAGAGCACACUCAGAACCCGACAGAAACUGAAGGAGACACAGAUACAUCCACAGAGAAAACGAGUGGUGAGAACAAAGUCAAAGUAGAGCCUGUGUUCUUGGAUGAAGCUGAAUCACAUUGUCCUGUGGCUCCAGCUUCUCUGGUCCAUAGUGCUUUAGACCGAGCCAAACAGUCGAACCGUACAGCCUCCCAGAGACGUGGCAUCUCCAUGCAGAGGUCCUCUUCCUUGCCCUCUUCACUCCUUUCGCCCUGCAAGAUUGUAUCAUCUGUCAGGAUCCAGUUUGGGCAAGGCCUGGCGUCCUGCACCCAGCCCAAGUACUCCUUUAAAUACACCCCUGAGCCUGAGGACAAGGAAGAAGAAGAAGACGGAAGAGAGGAGAAGGAAGAUGAAGAAGUGGAGGAAGAACCAACCAACUGCCUGUCAACUCUGAUCAUAAAUCCUGCCUGCUCAUCUAGCUCCAAAAAAAAAUCACCAGCUGUCUUUCCACCUAAGCCCAUACCUCGGUAUCUGAUGCGGCCAUCCUAUUCCCUACAAAGCCCCAGCCCUCCUCCUGAUUGGCCAUCAGGAGUAAAUGCCGAAUCUUGGAGCACCCAGAGUGUUCCAGAUUUGUCGUCCAAUCCGCAGCAGCCUGGCCACUUCCAGCAAAACAUGAAUGCCUACCGAAACCAGCAAAGUUUGAAUCCAGAGGAGAAUCUGUUCUCUGAUUCUCACCGUUCAGCUCAAUACCCCUGUCCCAGUCCAAAUCUUAAUCAAAGAUCUAACUCCAGCUCACAUCCCUUCAUGUCGAACCCUGCUUUGCAGUACACCCCUCCUCAUCUACACGGUAGUCUUCCUAACCUCCACCAUCACCACAGCCCUUCAGUGAACCACCGUUGUAGUCUAACCAGUCUCCUUCAGCCUUCAACUUCCCCAGGCCCCCAGCAUGACAGCAUCUCCAACUUGCAUCCUCUUUCAACUCCCACAUCUCCUCACCACAUCCCUUCGGGUCACUUGCAUCCUGGACCUUCUGGAAUGUAUCACCCGGUCUAUAACCAUCAAUACAGUCACCAGCAACCCUACCAGCUCCCUCCUCAAGGCUCACAGUUUGGCUCGCCCUACUUUAGUCAUCAAGGCUACAACCCGUACCUGUCAUUUCCCCACCACACCCAUCUCCAUCCGACAGUGUCCCCAGAACACAGUCUGCAUCCAGGGCUGGCUCCUCCUCCUGGCUUCCACAUAGGCAUGGGUUUGGCCCUUAGCCCAGGUCACAACCUCCAUCCAGGGCUUCGUGAUGCUAAUGCUCCAGGUCCAGGACCCGGCCAGAGCCCAUCUAGCACAGAGAUGCAGCUAAGGAGAGUCCUGCAUGAGAUCCGGGGAACAGUUCAGAGUCUGAACCGAGCCGAUACUCCAGACAUGUUCAGUGAGCCCAGAGCAACUCUGCCUAAUCACCAGACUUUGGCAGAGUUUCAGCAGAAGAGGCGGAGCCUGAACUUGUUCCGCAGUCAGAUGAUGGAUCUGGAGCUGGCAAUCAUCCGACAGCAGGCUCCGGUCUACAAUCACCUGAGCCCUGCUGACAGGCUGGAGUUGGAGCAGCUUCAAUCUCUGAGGUCAGCGGUCAGAGAGGAACUGCAGGAGCUUGAACAGCAGCUGGAAGACAGACUGGAGCUGACGCACCGCACGCAGCACAGAGGUCUUCACAGAGACUUCAGUGUUGAAAGUCUGUCCACCGCCUCUGCGUUGAGAGCCAUGGAGCCGGUGUCAGACCUCCUCAGAGAGCAGCUCUUCCUGCAGUCAGAGAUCGGCUCUGACCGCCACUCCUCCUACACAAACCCCUCCCCGAGGUCAGUCAGUCCAGUGAGAGAAGAUCAAGGAGGAGGAGAUGGCAAACAGAAGCAAGGAAUGUAUCGGGCAUCGAUUAAUAUAACCCCUGCGCCCCCUCCUCGACCCAACGUACACACUGAGGAAACUGAGGAGGAGGAGAGAGCCAGUGAUGGAGCAGCAUUAGCAGCAGGAGGAGGUGGCAGAGGAGAAGCACCAGAGGUGGAGGAAGGAGCAGCGGGGGAAGUCAGAGUGGAUAGCCUGCAGCAGCUCAUCAAAGAGAUUCGAGAGAGUGUGGCGCAAGAGGUGCGACGGGAGAUCUUCAGCGAGCUCUUGGCUGCCGUUUCACCACGGCCGUCACCGCUACCCGCCAGGCAACCCCCCGUGUAGUCACAGCAACAGCAGAGCACCGCCCCUUUCAAUCACAGCCUGAGAGACACCACUGUCUGUCUGUAUCACUGUAUAGCUGCGUAACACUGUGGAACACAAUGUGUGUCUGGUACACUGUACGUCUCUAACACUGAUGAUGAAACAUCACCUGUAUGUGAAUAGCCCCGCCCCCACCUGGUUGCAUCUACUGUGGUGGUCUGAUGCUUCUUGGCUAUGGCACCCAGAGACAUCAACGACAUCCCUUCUUCCCUUCCCAAACUGUUGUGACCAAACAGCAGACGCACCUAACUACAACCACUGCCACUUUUGCUAGUUAUGCUAGUUAUACUAGUAUACUAGUUUGCUCACACCUGCCAGUAUGACCACUACUAAUCCCAGUUCUGUCAAAUCUCCUCUGAUCCCAGCAGGAAAUCAGAUGACACUAGCAGAAGACAUGUUUGGAUAAUUGUAUUUAAAGAAAUCAUAGAGCUGAACUGUGCAGCUGCACAUAAUACUAAUCACAAUGAUCUUGUCCGUGAUCACCUUCAAAGAACAAUGUAAGAUUACUGAAUGUAACCAACUGUGGCAUCAGUGUUCAAAACCUCAGCAGUUAAAGCGUUAGUUCAGCCCAGUCGGCCACAACAUUAGAACCACCGCUCAUCUCGGUGCAGCGAGGACGUUGUGACAAGUGCACUGCAAACACUGCCAGGAUAAACUAGGCUGCACUCCACAGCCAAACAACAACAGCAGAAAAGGAUUUGGUGUCAGUGUCCUGGUGCCAGAUACCACAGAACAUCCCGGAGUUCAUGCCCCCGUGGGUCAGAGCUGUUUUAAUUACAAUGAUGGGCACCUAAAGCAGUGUUAUGCAGAUGGGUUUAAUGAAGUGGCCGUUGGGUAUAUUUCCUCUCUUCCUGCUUUAUUUUUAUUUUUUUAAAGCUCUUGAAUUUUCUAGAACGUCUGAAAUUUUUGCUUCUGUUCCACGAUGAGCAUUAAUUUAACUUAAUUUUCUGCUGAUCACAGCAGUGAAAAAUGAAAUUUAAUAAAUCUGAAAGUGAAACGGCACCUUGGUUA